AUGACAGAAUCACGUCUGUUCCUUCCUACUCCUCAUACACUAACGUUUACGUUCUUUUUGUUUUUAUAUCACUUGGCACAUACAUUCUGUAUAUCAUCUUCCUUUUCCCCUCCUUUUUUUCUUUCUUUCUUUCUUUCUUUGUAUUUCUUUUUCCUUCUUUUUUCUUCCUUACUUUCUUUCUUUUUUUUAUUCUUUGAUUUUUUUGUCUUUCAUUUUCCGUGUUCUUCUUCCUUUCGUUCUUUUCUUUUUCUUUCUUUCUUUCUUUCUUUCUUUCUUUCUUUCUUUCUUUCUUUCUUUCUUUGUAUUUCUUUUUCCUUCUUUUUUCUUCCUUACUUUCUUUCUUUUUUUUAUUCUUUGAUUUUUUUGUCUUUCAUUUUCUGUGUUCUUCUUCCUUUCGUUCUUUUCUUUUUCUUUCUUUCUUUCUUUCUUUCUUUCUUUCUUUGUAUUUCUUUUUCCUUCUUUUUUCUUCCUUCCUUUCUUUCUUUUUUUUAUUCUUUGAUUUUUUUGUCUUUCAUUUUCCGUGUUCUUCUUCCUUUCGUUCUUUUCUUUUUCUUUCUUUCUUUCUUUCUUUCUUUCUUUCUUUCUUUCUUUCUUUCUUUCUUUCUUUCUUUCUUUGUAUUUCUUUUCCUUCUUUUUUUCUUCCUUACUUUCUUUCUUUUUUUAUUCUUUGAUUUUUUUUGUCUUUCAUUUUCUGUGUUCUUCUUCCUUUCGUUCUUUUCUUUUUUUUUCUUUCUUUCUUUCUUUCUUUCUUUCUUUGUAUUUCUUUUUCCUUUUUUUUCUUCCUUCCUUUCUUUCUUUUUUUUAUUCUUUGAUUUUUUUGUCUUUCAUUUUCCGUGUUCUUCUUCCUUUCGUUCUUUUCUUUUUCUUUCUUUCUUUCCUUCUUUCUUUCUUUCUUUCUUUGUAUUUCUUUUUCCUUCUUUUUUCUUCCUUACUUUCUUUCUUUUUUUUAUUCUUUGA